GUGUUUUUUUACUUGGUAGUUUUUCUGAAGUGAAAUAAUGUUUUCAUUUCGAAAAAAACGAGUGUUUUUCCAUUGUGAUUUAAUUAUAUUAAUAUGUGUUUUUUGUUCUUAUGGAAUCAUUCAAAUUACGGCUCAAGAAAUAUCCUGUUGUUCAAAAGCGAGUGGAUCAUGUAGAAAUAUUUGUAAAAAGACAUCUAUCGUUGGAAUGGCAUCCAGUAGUCGACGUUUAGAAGAAAAUGUUAAAGAAAUGCGAAAAUAUUGUCCGAUACAAUUGGUUUCAUUUUGGGAAUGUUUUAAUUCAACCAUAAAUGAAAUAGUGAAAGGUCAACAAUGGUCAGGACGCUGGUGUUGUUCCCUACCACAAAAUAAACAAUGUCGAUACGCGUGUGUCACAUCAGGAUCCCACGAUGAAGUUAUGGGUCGUUGUAAACAAAGUGAUGAAUUAUUAUUUUAUAAUUGUUUGGAACGACAAGAAACGGGAGACACAUGUUGCGGAACCGCCCGAACUCCAGAUUGUCGACAAGCAUGUACAGCAAUAUUUCGUAAAUCACAAAUGCCAUCGAAAAAUUUACGAAUACGUGUAAAAAAAGCAUGUGAGGAACGUAGUCCAAAAGUUUUACAGUGUGUACGAAAUUUUACAAAAGUUACACCAGCAAAAAAUGCAAAAAAUUUAAUCCAUUGUUGUGAUAAAACUGAUAAUGCAACUUGUUGGGAAACUUGUAGAAAUGUUUUGAACUCACAAACAACCUACCAAGAAAUCAUUGAUAGUUUAAUGAGCGGCGGAUGUGGACCACCCUUAUUGCAUGAUAAAUUAUGGCAAUGUUUUCUUCUAAGUUCGGACCAAGAACCCGAUGAAAAAACCAAUUUGGAAGCGACAUCUCGUAUUGAUCGACUGGGAAUGGAUUCAGCAAAAUUACAAUGCUGCCACCACGCAAUUUCACCACACUGUCGACGUUUAUGCGCCCGAACAUUUGCAAACGAUUGGGCAAUGCUGUGGGAAACAUUUGAUCGAGAAUGUUUAUCACAAAUAGCUGAAGAAAAUUUACGAACUUGUAACAGUGAAGUUGAAGAACCAUGCGAAUUGGGAUGUGAUGGUUUAAAUUUUUGCACAAACUUCAACAAUCGUCCAACCGAAUUAUUUCGAUCCUGUAACAAACACGCAGAUGAAGCUGCUCGUUUUGAUGUGGCAUUUUGGCAAUCUCAAGGCAAUUUAAGUAUUUUAAAUUAUUUAAAUUUACCAAUGCGAAAUAUUUCCCGAUGUUCUCCAAAUAUUUGGCGAGUUGUAGCAUGUACUCUUCAAAUACAACCGUGUUCCAGGGGAGCACAUAUUAAUCGGAUUUGCCGUGAAGAUUGUUACAAUAUUUUAUCACAAUGUAUGGAUUGGUCACGAAUUCCAUCGGAAUAUACAGCUGCAUCAAUAUGUGCAAAAUUAUCUCCGGAUGAUUUAAAUGAUCCAUGCAUUUCGUUGCAACCUUUUUUGGAACCAUCAGAUAAUUUGAUAAAGAAUCCAAAACAAUUAAUCACAUCACCAUGUAAAAAUAAUCCAUGCGCUAUGAAUGAAGUUUGUACUGUAAACCAUAAUUGUUUGGGUCGUAAUUGCCUACCAUACACAUGCCAAGUUGGAUGCAAAUUGGGUAAAGUAUCCCAAUUUUUAGUACCUCAUGGAACCUAUGUUCGUGUGCCAAAUACAAAUGGAAAAUAUGGAUGCUUAAAAGUUUGCAAAUGUGUCCAGGAAAAUAUUGAACUAUGCCAACCAUUACCAUGUAUUCCAUUGGAUGCAUGUAAAUUGGGUAAUCGAAAAAUUGAACAUGGUCAAUUUUUUCAUGUGGAUUGUAAUGUAUGCAGUUGUUUUGCUGGUGAAAUUGUUUGUAGUAAACGACAAUGCAAAGUAUUAGCAUUGGGUGGUCCCGACCCAGCAUUCACAACAUUGCCAUGUAAUUGUCCACCGCAUCAUGUUCCUGUUUGUGGACGUAAUGGAAAAACUUAUCCAAGCUCAUGUCUGGCCAGAUGUGUUGGUUUAAGUGAAGCAGAUUUUGAAUUUGGACCCUGUAAAGAUCCAUGUCAAUUCGCUAACUGUGGUAAAGGUGAAAUUUGCAUUCCUCAUCCGAAAGUUUGUCUUUCGAUGUUACAUAAACCAUGUACACAGUAUGAGUGUGUGAAUAUAACAGCGCCUGAUUGUUUAAGCAAAUACCAAAAUACAGUAUGUGACGUAGAUAAUCUUCAGUAUCCAAGUCCAUGUUUUGUACGAAAUGUAAACAUACAAAUCGCCCAUCGAGGUCAUUGUUUUUCUAAAUGUAGUAUUUCUGGACCUGUUUGUGGUAUAAAUGGUGUCACAUAUUCUUCAGAAUGUACAGCUUGGGCUGAUUACGUUAGUGUUGAUUACGAUGGUGUCUGUCAGGCGAUUGGUUUAAUCGGAGAUAAAAUGAAAAAACAAUGCAACGAAGAAAUUAAAUGCAAAUCUUUACUUAGCAAAAAUUGUAUUGGAUACACUCCACCAGGUGCUUGUUGUCCGGUGUGUGCAGGUGCCAUGAAAAUUAUUUAUUCCAGAAAACAAAUUGAUCGUGCAUUGUAUGCGUUAAAAGGUCAUUCGAUUACCUCAUUAACCUUACAAUCAAUGUUACAAUCUUUAGAGAGACAUAUACAAAUUAGCGAAUGUGUUUUAAGGGGAUAUUUAAGUAUUGAAUCAGAUAUUUUUGUAAUGGUUCAAUCCACUGAAUUAAAACCAUCCAAAUUACAAUUGGAUGCAUGUGUUCGUGAAGCGGAAAAAAUUGCUAGUCUAAUACGUCGACAUAGUCCACGUAUCGCUAGUGAUUUAAGUUUAAGUGCUUUAACAGCUGCGACAAUUGUGCACUCUACAAAUUCAAAUAAUUCAGGAUACGUUUUAUAUAAUUUUUAUGACCAAAUUCGAUUUUAUCUGGCUGUGUCAUUUGGUAUAACAAUUUUCAGUCGUUAUUAUUUUUAAAAUAUAGCACUCGAGUAUGUUAUUGUCUAGAAUCUAGAUGAUUUCCCCCGGGAUCCAUGGUGUUUAGUUCGACAAAGAGCCUGGGAGUUUAGUUACGUCACGCACGUUUGCACAUAAAAAAUAAUCCCUUUCACGAAUCGUUCUAAACUGAAAAACUUACGUUAGAAACAGAGAAAUUCUGAUGUUUUGAUUAAUAUUUUUUUCAUGGCAUUAAAAGAUCCUAAAAUUGUAAAUAUUUUCAGUCAAAUUAAUAAUUUGACAAAUAAGGAACGUCUUUGUUGAAUGUUUAAAAAAUGGUGCCAAAAUUUAAUGCUUUAAUUUAGUCAAAUUGUUUUAUUUUACCAAUUU